AUGACCCCCCCUCCUCCGUUGUCAGAGGGUAACCAGGAGCCAACAGCUACUCCUGAUACAAUGGUCCAGCCAUUCACCACAAUCCCAUUCCCACCUCCCCCACAGAAUGGGAUCCCCACAGAGUAUGGUGUUCCCCACACUCAGGACUAUGCAGGCCAGACCAGCGAACACAAUCUGACAAUCUACGGAAGUACACAAGCGCAUGGAGAACAGAAUACGAAUACAGCCACCACACAGAAUGGAUCUCUUACGCAGACAGAAGGAGGGGCACAGACAGAUGGCCAGCAGUCGCAGACACAAAGCAGUGAGAAUACUGAGAGCAAGUCUACCCCAAAACGGCUGCAUGUGUCCAACAUUCCCUUCCGUUUUCGGGAUCCUGACCUCCGGCAGAUGUUUGGGCAAUUUGGCAAAAUCCUUGAUGUAGAGAUAAUCUUCAAUGAACGUGGGUCCAAGGGAUUCGGGUUCGUAACUUUCGAGAAUAGUGCUGAUGCAGACAGGGCCAGGGAGAAAUUACACGGCACCGUGGUAGAGGGCCGUAAAAUCGAGGUUAAUAAUGCCACUGCACGAGUAAUGACUAAUAAGAAGAUGGUCACACCAUAUGCAAAUGGUUGGAAGUUGAGCCCUGUGGUUGGAGCAGUAUAUGGUCCUGAAUUAUAUGCAGCAUCCAGUUUUCAAGCAGAUGUCUCGCUGGGCAAUGACGCUGCAGUGCCCCUGUCAGGAAGGGGGGGUAUUAACACUUACAUUCCUUUAAUCAUACCCAGCUUCCCUUACCCAACUGCAGCCACCACAGCAGCAGCAUUUAGGGGAGCCCAUCUGAGGGGACGAGGAAGGACAGUGUAUGGUGCAGUACGAGCAGUACCUCCAGCAGCCAUCCCAGCCUACCCAGGUGUGGUUUACCAGGACGGAUUUUACGGUGCUGACCUCUAUGGUGGAUACGCAGCCUACAGAUAUGCGCAGCCCGCUACUGCAACAGCAGCCACUGCUGCUGCAGCUGCUGCAGCAGCUUACAGUGAUGGUUAUGGCAGGGUGUACACAGCAGACCCUUACCAUGCCCUUGCCCCUGCUGCUAGCUAUGGAGUUGGCGCUGUGGCGAGUUUAUACCGAGGUGGCUACAGCCGAUUUGCCCCUUACUGAAGUGACAUGAGCCCCCCCUGCAAGUGGGACAGCCCCCUCCCCCCAGUUCAUGAGGCCUGGCUAUUGCAAUAUUUACUAGUAGAGGAACUCUAUAGCAAGAAGAGGAGGAAAACAAAAGAAAAAAACAAGAGAAAUACUUUUUUAUACCUCACUAUGUUCUUUAAAUAUGUAUUUUUCCUUUAAAUUUCUGCCUUUAAUUCUUUUGUUCCAAAGAUUGUGCAUUUUUUUGAUCUUUUUUUUUCAAUCGUUUGUUUUUAACUGUGGUAAACAUAAUGCAUUUUUGUGUCUAUAUAUGCAUAGUUUAUCCUACCAAUCACAAAAAAAGAGAGAAAUAGUGCUAAGGAGUACUGUUAGGAACCAGUAUCAUGGAACGUAGUCAGGAAUAUGUAGAUGUUUAUUUUUCCUGGGUCUGACACCCAAGAGCCAGGAUAGUGAGGAAGACCCCUCUACUUGGGGGCAAUGUUGAUUGCCUGCAGCUGGAACCUGCAUGCUGGUUGGAAACACAGACACCCUCCUCUUUUAUCACCAGCUGGCACUCGUGGGCUCAGGACAGCUCCAGAAGCGUCAAGAUUUUUAUAAUUUUCAAGACAAAACUGCUCAAAGCUGCCCAAAGACUUCAUCAAAUAAUGGUUUUAGGGGACAAGACUUGAAAUGAAUACAUACUCCUAUCUUUAAUUAUUAUGAUCCACUCUACCAUGGCUUUACUUUAAUCAUUCCGUUGCUAUGGUUUUCCUCUCUUCCCAUCCUCCCCUAUUUUCUGGUAGAGUAGCAAGUUUGGGGCAAUAACUAUAGAAUUUGGAGCCAUGACGGAAAUAAUUUUUUUCUUCAGAAAACCAAGAGUUUAAGUGCAAAGUUCUACAUAUUCUGAGGUUCUGGACUAUGAUUAUGUUGGUUCUGAUUAUGGGAAAAGCUUGCACCACUGCUACUCUGAGCUCCUGAGCUACAGCUCCACUGUACAAGAUCCUCCUUUUUCACCCUGAGGCAGUUAACUUUGCUACAAGUAUGUUGUCAAAAAGAAAAUGCAUGAAAAGAGAAAAAUGCAUUCCAGACCAGAAAAGUAGGGCAAGCAGUGGGGAGGAUGAUUUUUUUUUCCUUUUGUCAUAACACUAAUUUGGAAGCCAUGCUUGUUACCAUUGGCAUCUGGAAACAAAGUAUUUCUAAACAUAACAUAAAAGCAGAAUUAAUGUUUACUCUGAUUUGCAACCAGAGUCUUAACAGUUGCUUGUCUGAAGACAAACUGCUCAGUUGGGUCAAUACUGCCAGUUUGGAAUUGAGAAAGGGCAUCAAGAAAACUGACCCUGGAGAUUGUCCCAAGCUGGAAUACCUGCCUGGAAUACUCUUUCUUGUUCUACAGUUGGGAGUCUCAUAAAUUGAUAAUGUAUGCAAUUUGAUGACAAGCAAAUAAUUUGCCACUAAUUAUAGAAAUCAGAAUAGCCGAAGGAAUCCUUUUUUUUUCAUUCUUUUUUCAACACCUGUAGAUGCUCCACAGAAUUAACUUAAAGUCCAUCGCCUCUUGGACUUUUGGCUAAGAUCAGGUGUACCAUCCUCUGUAUAGUAUAAGUUUAAAACCAUACCUGUUACAGAAGCACAAUUCCCUUUUGUUCCUUAGUCUCCCCAAACUAAUGUUGGAGGACUUUUCAACUAGAAAUAGGCAGUUGGGUAGAUAAAGCCCUCUCUGCUCCUGUUAUCUUUUGCUCCACAGUGAUGUCAAAAUGGGAAAGGAGAUCUGAAAACCUUCAGUGAUAUCAAGUAAGUGCACUGAUCCAGUCAUACACAACCCAUACAUCUUUGCUUCCACUGCCAUUGUGUUCUCUUGUGGCUUACCAGAGAGCACCUGGAUUGCUAGAGAGGGUGCCUGAAGAGGAGAUAUUAAUUAAGGGAGAGAAUCUAAUAAUUCUGCUUAUCUGAGCAAGAGGGCACCAAACUAUUAGACUGUUGGCCACUUUUUUGCUGUUGUAGUCUUGUUUUUAAGCCAAGCUGCUACAACAGUUUUGUUUUUGUAUAUGCAUAUGUGCAUAUCCAGCUUAAAAUGAGGAGAAGAGAACAGGAAUAUUAUUGGUGUCACAAAAUUGUGGAAAUGAGGAAGGAAGAAUGGAUUUUCCAGCUGCUUUCAUCCCAAGGAGGAUGGGAUUUGACCUCUGCCUGUGGAACGAGACACAUCAGAGUUCCACAGUGAAUAACAGCUAUGAGAGAAGAGUCUUGUGUUGACAUUAUGGAAAAAAAGAUACAAUCUUCAGAGCUCUAACACAGUUCUUUGGUCAUUUUUUUUUUUUACAGUUAAAAGAUUGAACACUGGAUAUUGAUGAAUCUUCCAAGCUGUAUAAUUUUAUCAAUUUUUUUUUUUUUU